AUGACCGAUAAGGUUAGCCCCUUAGAAAGGGGCUUCACCGAUUCCCAUCCUAGAGCUUCUCAGAGAAGCACAGUGAGUUCUAAUUGGUGGACAGCAGAAAAAAAUUGCCAUUUUCAGGUUCUGGCGAUUCCUGCAGUGGUCGAGCCUACUAAAGGCGAAAUAGGACCUGAAGAUGACGACGAUGACCGAAAAUUUGUAUAUACGCCAUCUCUUGGCGAGAAAAUCAUUAAUUAUAUGUUGUGUCGGUGAGUUUAAACAGUGAAAAUACAAUUUCCUGGGUUGGGAAGGGUUGGAAAAGGAAAUGUUCGCAACUUUGAAUUCAUUCCAUGAAAAAGUCAUUAUAUUGAUAACCUGCGAAUUUCCUGCCGUCAACAUAAUUUCAAAGUCCAAGAUAAAAUUUUUCAAUAUUUCAUUCUUUGUUGACUCCCAGUUUUCAAGAAAGGACGUUUCUAGUUUUUUUUUUAUUUCGAACAUUUGUGAUUUUGUCGAUCUCCGAAAAAAUUUACGAGUUGUGAAAAAAGCGCGUCCGUACAAAGGUAAUGCUCAAAAUCAUUUAUGAGAUUUUUUCGGUUAACUCAGUUUUGAAUGAAAUAAAGCUGAAUAUUUUAACCUUAUAUCAUUACGCCUCAUUUUUUUCGAAACUUUUUUUAUAAUUAAGAAAAAAACCUCAUUACAGUGGCGAUUUGGCCGAUCAACCCUUAGAUGUCGAGCCUGUUUCUGUAUUUGGAUUGGUAAGUUUUUUUGCUUCUAUUGUGAGAUGUUUGAACUUGCUGAACUCAAAAAAUCAUCCUAGUUUUUAGAAAAACCAAUUGUACACACUUUUCUUAAGAAGCCAAACAUGUAGUUCGCGUAGUUUACCUUGGGUAAACAUGGUUUUCUAUUGCCAGUUUUCUUCGGCACUCUCCACACUUUUAUGCCAACGUAAUGAAGUCGGCAAAUAGAACAGCAAAUUGCUGUCGUAAGUUUACAUGUUAGAUCAGUCGACUGAUUCUUUUAAAUUUUCAAAUGUUUGCGAGGUGAUUAGGGUUGAGAAAGAUGUUGACGCAAACAAAAUGUUAACAAAAAUUUUCGUAUAGCACAACUGUAGAGAAAGCUUGUACUUCGUCAGAAAUCGGCACCGGAAGCAUUAAAAAAUUGGAGAAUUAUGCUUGGAAGGAGAAUGGUUUGAAAAAGUGUUCUAUCAUCUUAGAUUCCUCUUGGACCACAAAGUCUUGAUGUCUUCUGAGAAAAAAGGAACAUUAGAAGUUUUAAAAACCGAAAAUCUUUGUUUUACUUAUACAACGUAUCAUGACUUCAGCCGGUUGCGGUUAAGAACGCGAUAAAUAUAAGCUUUUUCUUGCAUUCAAAGUACAAAUGAUGUCAAGAAAUUAUUUUAUUCAGUUCCGUUAUGCCAAACCUUUCGACAUCUUCCUGCUCACUGUGGGAACUCUCUGCGCCAUCGUCAGCGGUGUUGGUCAGCCUAUUUUGGCUCUUAUCUCGUAAGUUUCUGAAAAUUUUCGGAUUAUCGCAAGUUUACCAAACUUUCAGUGGUCGAGUAACAAAUGCCCUGCUUGUUUAUGCACCAAACACAAAGCAGUUUCGAGAUAAAGCGAACGAAAACGUGUAUAUUUUCCUCGGCGUCGGUAUUUUCAUCCUCAUCAUCAAUUUCAUUCAGGUAGGGUCUGAAGUCUCUGGUUCUCCAUGGCUUGCAAGGUCUGAAAACUAAUCGAUUUGAAUUCACAACCUUUAUAGAGGGGCUAUAAGAAAUAUCGAAUUCUGGCAGUGAAUAAUUCAAAAAUCUUUACCAAUGUUUCCAAAAGAGUAAAAAGGCGUGAAAGAUUGAAAAAUGUUUAUUCUUUCCAGUACAUGUGUUUCCAACACUGCUGCACAAGAACCAUGGCUCAAAUGCGUCAUCGGUUCAUCCGGUCCGUUCUGAGGCAGAAUGCUGGAUGGUUCGACAAGCACCAUUCAGGAACCCUCACGACCAAGCUUAACGAGUUUGUGGAAGUCACAAUUUUUUGAUAAAAGUGUUUGAUCUGCAGCAAUAUGGAAAGGAUCCGCGAGGGCAUAGGAGACAAACUGGGAGUUCUCAUCAGAGGAGUUGCCAUGCUCAUCGCUGCUAUUGUUAUUUCAUUCAUUUACGAAUGGAGAUUGGCUCUGAUGAUGCUUGGAGUCGCACCAGUCUGCUGCUUAGUGAUGUCUCUUCUGGCCAGGGUACGUUUAACCUUGUCUUAAAAAAUUAUCUAAACUAGAGUGAUCAUAUUUUAAAUUUUCAUCCGAGAAGCUGUCUAAAACAUCUUGCUAACGUUAGAAACACGCCUUUGAACCUCUAGGGAUCUGAUUUUUUUUUUCGAAAAGUAUUAUACUCGUAAACUAAAGAGUACGCUUCAAUGCAUCUUUUUUUCAGAAAAUGACUUCAACUACUAUCAGUGAGCUCCAAGGCGUCGGAAAAGCUGGAUCAAUCGCUGAAGAAUCACUGAUGAGCGUUAGAACCGUCCAAGCUUUCAAUGGCCAACAAGAAAUGGUGGACAGGUAUUCCGAAAAUUUCCUUUUUAAAUUUCAUCCUUUCAUUACAGGUACUCAGCUGAGCUUGAAAAAGGCAGAAAAUUCGCUCUGUGGAAAGGUUUCUGGAGUGGAUUCUUCGGAGGCUUGUUCUUUUUCUGGCUCUAUGCCUUCCUCGGCUGCGGUCUUCUCUACGGCGCCUAUCUUCUGAAGGUCGACAUCAUCAAGACUCCAGGAGACGUCUUCAUCGUCGUCAUGUCCAUGUUGCUUGGCGCCUAUUUUCUGGGACUCAUUUCGCCUCACAUGAUGGUCCUGCUCAACGCCAGAGUCUCAGCGGCCACUAUCUAUCAAACCAUAGAACGUGUGCCUCGAAUCGAUCCAUACUCCAAAACAGGCAUUGUGCCAAAUACAGUCACCGGCAGGGUGUCCUUUCAAAACGUCCACUUCCGCUAUCCAAGUCGCAAAGAUGUCCAAGUUCUGAAUGGACUGAAUUUGACUGUUGAGCCUGGUACUUCAGUGGCUCUUGUCGGCCAUUCAGGAUGCGGAAAAUCAACUUCUGUUGGCCUUCUUACUCGUCUUUACGAGCCUGAGUCAGGGAGAGUAACUCUUGAUGGAGUUGAUGUCCGCGACUUAAACAUCGAUUGGCUGAGAAAUAAGAUUGGAAUUGUCCAACAGGUGAAUUCCAAUAUUGAAAAUGUCUAGGUAAACAUUUUAGGAGCCCAUAUUGUUCAACGAAACGAUUCACAACAACCUUUUAAUGGGAAAUCCUGCAGCUACUCGAGAAGAAAUGGUUGAGGCUUGCAAAAUGGCAAAUGCUCAUGAAUUCAUCAUGAAGAUGCCCAAGGUAAAAAUCACUCUUUUGAUUCUAUUAACGUUCCAUCAGAGUUGAAGCUUUCAUAAUAACAGAAAUUCUCAAAAGAAAGAAGUAAUGGAAAAUUUUUUAAAACAUCCUUUAACAGGAAAGUCAUUUAGAACUACGACACUCUUAUCGGUGACGGCGGUGUCCAGCUGUCUGGAGGCCAAAAGCAACGCGUUGCCAUCGCAAGAACCCUCAUCCGCAAUCCAAAAGUCCUACUUCUUGAUGAAGCUACUUCGGCUCUUGACGCCCAGAGUGAAAGUGUCGUGCAGGUAUGGAAAGCUCUCAAACUUCAAAUUAUCAUCUUUCCCUUCCAGUCAGCACUGAACAACGCGGCCAAAGGGAGGACCACUAUAAUGAUUGCCCACAGACUUUCGACGAUUCGUGAGGCUGACCUCAUCGUCUACUUCGAUAAGGGAGUUAUCACUGAGGCUGGAAACCACGCUGAGUUGGUCAAACUUGGUGGAAAGUAAGAAGAGACCCGAGGAGAUUUUCUGAAUAGCAAUCGGAUUUUUUAAGGUAUUACGACUUGGUGAAGGCUCAGCAGUUCAAGCCGGAGACUGAUGAGAACGAAAUCGAGGAAGAGGAGAUCGAUCUUUAGUGAGUUUAUUUUUGUUUUGAGAAAAAAAAAGUUUCUCUUAAAUCAUCAAAAAUUUUUGAACCCAUGGAAUGAAAACUUUCAGUGAUGAACCUCCUGUCGAAUAUGCCAGCUCCAGAGAUUCUUCGCUGCGAGGGUCUAAAAGAUCUGGAUCCGACGCUUUCCAGAGGGGAAAUUCUGUCAAUGAUUCCUUCGGUCGUCAUACUGGCAACGCUGCUACGGACGCUGAGAACGAAGCAUUCGCGUUGGAAGUCAAGAAAGUCAUGGACGAGGUGAGAAGAUAAUAGCAAAACUGUUUUAAGUUCUGAAAAAGUUUUGGAAAACACGGACCAUGAAUAAACUCAUAAGUUUUUGAAAAUAAAAUGAUCUCAUAGGAAAAUUCGUUUUUUUAAUGGAGUAUAAUUUCAAGUAAAUUUUUCCCGCUUGUAAGACUCGGCGCUAAAAUUUGACUAUACGAUAAACUCGGUUAAUGUUUCAAAAAUAACUAAAUAAACGGAUUUUUUUGUCCCAAAAGACCAUUGAUUCGUAUUUCCGGAAGAUUCUUUCCCUUUUAUUUGCACUCAUAAGACGAAAUUUCAGGACGGCGUGAUCGACGCAGGCUUGAUUGACGUCUUCAAAAACGCCAAGGGCAACUAUCUGUAUUUGACCCUCGGAAUGGCUUGCGCUGUGAUACGCGGUCUGGAGCUGCCUGCGUUGUCGUUGCUUUUUGGAUGGGUCUUCGAAGGGUUCACGUUCUAUCCUUACGGCGGCAGAAUGAUGCAUAGAAUGGCCAUGGCCGUCAUUGCAUUCGCGUCCGUCGGUGUCGGCGUUUUUAUCUUCCAGUUACUCAGUGUUAGUACUUCUUUUUUUAAUUAUUGGAAAAAAAUCUCACUAAGUUUUGAGGACGUGUAGAAAAAAAUGCAACGGGAAAAAUAUUCCGCCUAGCUUUGUGACCUGUAGUUAUUUCUUUUUAAUAAUCACACCAAGAUUCUUCGAAUUUCAAAAUCUCUCAGACUGAAAAUCAGCAAAGAAAAAACUUGGAUUCAUACAUAUCUUCAUAGACAUUUGUUUCAUUGUAAUAUUUUCAGUCAAUUUUCUUCGCUGUGGUCUCCGAAAACUUGGGCAUGCGAUUCCGAGUUCAGUCCUUCAACAACCUUCUCUACCAAGACGCCUCAUUUUUUGACAAUCCAGCUCAUUCACCUGGAAAACUGAUCACAAGGCUUGCCAGUGACGCUCCCAACAUCAAAGCUGUAAGUAUCUUUCAAAGCAAGCGUGUUCUUUUAGCAAGGAACUUGAGAUAUUUUCGAGAAACAGAAAACCACGAUAAAAGAGAAAGGAUGACUAAGAAAAAUCUGAAAAUGUACGAAUCUUUAUAACUUUGGGGAAAAGAAAAAAGUUUUUUGAGACUUGAAAAAGUUUCGGUCUUGAACUAUGAACGUUUCAGUGAAUAUUUUUUUCAUGCUUCAUUAAUCAAAAGUUUUGCUCUCAGGUUGUCGACGCUCGAAUGCUUCAAGUCAUUUACGCCGUCACAGCGAUCGUCGUCUGUAUCAUUAUUUCCUACAUUUACUGUUGGCAGGUAUAAUAUAAAAACUCUUUUUGGAUAUUCAACCAUUUUUCCAGGUUGCCCUUCUCGGAACAGGUCUUAUAAUAUUGCUUUCCAUCACAAUGGUUGGCUUGGCGCAGCUUAUAAGUGUGCGAAAUAUUCAAGCAAUCAAGCACGAUGAAGCUGGCAGAGUGAGUGAAUGACAACAUAAUUUUUUUAAUCAAGAUACUAAAUCUAAGUUCAAAGGAAAUUUUUGGAAGAUUUUUAUCUUCCUAUCGAUUCCCACAUGCUCGUAAUUUCAAUCCCUUUCGAAAAAUCUAAAAUAUUCAUUGUGGUAAUAUUUUCUCCCCUUUUUCACACCUUAGUAAUUCCAAGUUUACCUGAGCUGAACCUUAUUACCAUAAAAACAUCUUAUUUUCAGAUUGCCAUCGAGAUUAUCGAAAACGUCCGAACCAUCCAACUUCUCACAAGAUGCGAAGAAUUCAACAAUACCUAUGUCACGACAUCCAAGAAGCAAAAGCGCAAUGAACUGUCUAAAGGUAACCAAUAUCUCAUUUUGAUAUGAAAAUCAUUGAGGUUCAGGGCUAAUCGAAGCGGUCAAUUUCUCUCUGUCGCAAUCUUUCAUGUACUUCGUGAUGUGUUUUUCUUACGCUGUAGGUAUCCGAAUCAUCUAUCAACUAGACAAAACUGCCGACGACACUUUCCGGUUCAUAUAAAUUUCUAUAAAAUCAAGAAAUAACGGAAAAUUUAGGGCCAUCAUUGCCUGUCUUCUUGGCUCUGUCGCUGUGAUGAACUCGGCUCAAUACUUCCCAGAGUUUGUCAAGGUAAUCAGAAAGUCGGAUUUGAAGAUUAAAAUAACAAACUUCUAGGCGAAGACGGCAGCUGGGCUUCUCUUCAACAUCAUCUACAGAAAGCCUAGAACUGGAGAUGUCAUCGCAGGAGGAAGACCUGUAAUUAUUCCUCUGAGAAAUUUUCGAAUUCUAUAUUUUUUCAGGAAAUCCGAGGAAACGUCCUGUUUGAAGACGUCAAGUUCUCCUAUCCUCAAAGACCUCGCCAACCGGUCAUGAAGGGGUUACAAUUCACUGCUCAAAGAGGACAAACCAUCGCUCUUGUUGGACCUUCUGGAUCUGGAAAAAGUACAAUCAUAUCCAUGCUUGAGCGCUUCUACGACACUACUGGCGGCUUUGUGGUAUGCUUUAUAUCUGUUUUUUUUUUGCUUAAUUCAGCGGCUGUCUUCGAGAAAUGUUACAGUUAGUUCCGAGAAUAAUUGUUUGGAAGCGGAAUAAGGUCAACUUUCGAUCGAAUGAGUUUUUCAGAGCCAGAUCGAAAUCCGACAAAUGAAAUGGGAAUUCGAAUGUUUGGUAAAUUACUCAAAACGCUAUACUUUUCAGCGUAUCGAUGGAACCGACAUCAAAACCUUGUCUUUGUACCAUCUCCGCACACAGAUGGCUUUGGUAGGACAAGAGCCCCGUCUUUUCUCCGGAACCAUCCGAGAUAACGUCUGCUUCGGAUUGAAAGACGUAAUUCACUUCUCAUAUCAAAUUCUGAAAAGUACGAUUUUUCUAGGUGCCAAUAGAAUCAGUGAAGCAAGCCUUGGAAUUGGCCAACGCAAAUCGUUUCAUUUCCAAUUUACCGGCCGGAAUCGAUACCGAAGUCGGUGAGAAAGGUACUCAGAUGUCUGGAGGGCAAAAGCAAAGGAUUGCAAUCGCAAGGUACAUUUAAUCCAAUCUUUAAGAGAUAUUGAAAAUCGAAUGAUUUCAGAGCACUGGUCCGAGACCCCAAGAUUCUGCUUUUGGAUGAAGCCACGUCAGCGUUGGAUUCUGAGAGUGAAAGGGUAGGUAGUAGAUAAGAAACUUGAAACUUUAAGUUGCGUGAAUGCUUCAGAAUGGUUUCAGAAAAUUAGAAUUACAGCAAACAUCCUGAAGCAGAAAACCUUGUGAAGUGAAAUCUUGUGACGAUGAAAUUUUUUUUUCGAAGCUUUCAAUGUUCACCUUGAUAUUAAUCACCAUCAGCCAAGCUAUCCAAGAAAUAGUUUGGUUCGAAAAGUGAAGAUAUGAAAAAAGUUUUUUUUUUUGCGACCAGUAUUCGAACUUCAAGUAGCAUUAUCCUUGAUUUUCAAAAAAACUAAAAAAAUUUUUAUUUUUUUCCAACUCAGUUGUAAUAAUCAACAGAGUAAUCAAAGUAUUUCCUUCAGGCAGUGCAAGAGGCUCUGGACCGCGCACGAGAAGGCCGUACAUGCAUCACCAUCGCCCACAGACUCUCCUCCAUCCAAAACGCCGACGUCAUUGUCUACAUUGAACAUGGCCGCGUUCAGGAAUCCGGAAGCCAUUCCCAGCUGAUGCAGCGCAAAGGAAAAUACUACAACCUCAUCAAAAAACAAGAUCUUCUUGGUUGA